GGAGCGAUGCAACCGGACAGGAAAUACGUCAUCCAGAUAACAUAGAGUCGCAUCGGUGACGUAGUUUGGGCUGAAACUAGAACCUGUAACGUGCUCCGUCUACGAGUGCUAGCCCCGCCUCUAUGUAGAUACAGGGCAGUGCAGCAUGUGCGAUACAUUGCCCUCUCUCCCCUAGACAAGUACAAGGACGACUCUUUCACCGCAGAAAUAUUACAACAGAUGUAUAUAUGGCUACGACCGAAGCUGUAGCGUUGGCUUAUGUGCUGUUGCGCAUAUUGUCCGUAGGGGUUGGACCGCUCCUACCCUUAGUCAACAUGGCUGCCACGGCUUCGCCAGAAAGCAAUGUCGACGCGUCCGUGUACGCGCCACAAUCCCCGCCCCUUUCCUGCUUUCAGGGCGCGCUCCUGCUGCAUCUCCCGGUCCUGGAUCACUUCUUCGCCGACGACAUGUCUGCCAGUAGCCUGCUGGAGCCGAGACCCAAAGGACAGGGUAAUAAAGUGCAAAAUGGGUCUGUUCAUCAGAAAGAUGGCAUGAAUGACGAUGAAUUUGAGCCCUAUCUACAUACACAAGAACGACAGAACAAUGGAUACACUGCCUUGUCAGAUUCAUACCUUCCCAGUUACUACAGCCCAUCCAUUGGCUUUUCCUAUUCACUGAGUGAUGCUGCCUGGUCUACUGGAGGUGAUCCUCCACCAAGCAUGCCUUUCCUUGCCUCUUAUGGUCAGCUGAGCAACGGUGAACCACACUUCUUGCCAGAUGCAAUGUUUGGACCUCUAAGCAGUGCUCCUUUCUUAGGACAACCUGGUUUCAACUUUUUCCCAAGUGGCAUGGACUUCUCAGCCUGGGGAAGCGGAGGAAGCUCUCCAGGUGCAUCUGCACCUAGCUCUGGCUAUGGUGGUAGCUACACUUAUGCUCCCAGCACUUUGGGAGGAGCUGUUUUGGAGGGCCAAACGAGCUUUGGUGGUGGCAAAGCAGUAGGCAGUCUAGAGCAAAGUAUGGGAACUUUAAAAUUGGGAGAAGGAAAUGGUUUAAAAACAGGGGUGAGCAGUCUGCCCCCUGCAACCAUAGCCCCACCAAAGCAGGCUUCAUGGGCUGACAUUGCCAGCAAACCAGCCAAGCAGAACAUGGGAAAGGCACUUCCUCCACCUAUCAAGCACAACAUGGAAAUUGGAACUUGGGAAAACAAAGCACCUUCAUCCAACAUCUGCCAACCGCCAUCGCCUCCAGUCCUUCAACAGCCUGUACCCACUGGUGUUUCGUCACAUCCUCCAAAUCGUUGGUCAGCACCUCGCAACAGAGUGUCUGAGCAGGCACAGGCUGCACACACCUCAGCAGACCCACACCCUGUUCUGGAGAAACUGCGUUCCCUGAAUAACUACAAUCCAAAGGAUUUUGACUGUAACCCAAAAUUUGGACGAGUGUUUAUUGUUAAGAGUUACUCGGAAGAUGACAUACACCGUUCUAUCAAGUACAAUAUUUGGUGUUCUACAGAGCAUGGCAACAAACGUCUGGAUGCAGCUUAUCGUUCUCUAAAUGGCAAAGGUCCUGUCUAUUUGCUUUUCAGUGUUAAUGGUAGUGGUCACUUUUGUGGGGUGGCAGAAAUGCGAUCAGCUGUGGACUAUAAUACCUGUGCAGGGGUAUGGUCCCAGGACAAGUGGAAGGGCCGCUUCGAUGUACGCUGGCUGUUUGUGAAGGAUGUGCCUAAUGGGCAAUUACGUCACAUUCGGCUAGAGAACAAUGAAAAUAAGCCAGUUACCAACUCCCGAGACACUCAGGAGGUUCCCCUGGAAAAAGCUCGCCAAGUUCUCCGAAUCAUAGCUAGCUACAAACACACCACUUCUAUAUUUGACGACUUUUCACAUUAUGAGAAGAGGCAAGAGGAAGAGGACAGUGUCAAGAAGGUGAUUAAGAAUUAGAUGCACAAAUCAGGAACAACACACAGGCUUUCACCUCCACUCCUAUGUUGGUGUGGAACAGAAAGGACUUCAAGCAAAUAUAUAAUUGCCACAUUACCGGACAAACUGAAAAACCAGGGGCCAAAGCCUCCAAAUUUGUACCCCCCUUCUCUUCUCCAUUUUCAGGGAUUAAGAAUCUUGGAUUUAAUGCUGGGAUGCAAAUAAACUGGUUUAUACCAUAGGAUCAAAGAUCAGGAUUGGAUUUUUUUCCCCUCCACGGAGUCUGGAGACUUAUUUUGUGAAAUCUUGUUUUUUUUUUUUUUUUUUUUUUUAAAUUGUUUUUAUUUACAUAUUUUGUGGCAGAUGCCUUAUUUUUGUUUUUCACAGCUCCCAGUCACAUGCAUGUGAGCAUACCUUUGUGUCUUUAUUUUAUUAAUAUUUAGAGUACAUACAUAAUACAGUUAGGCAUGGGUCUAUUGUGCAUUUUAUUUAAUUUUGUUUGUCUUUAUCACUACUUCAAAGCAUAGGGCCAUACCAUUAGCAAAAACUUCUGUACGCUUUGACACUUCUGCAGUUGCUAAAUUCUACUACCCGUGUUCAGGAUGUGUGCAGCACUUGGAAAAGUUGGAUGUGAAUUUAGCUUAAAAAAAAAAAAUGGCAUAAAAUGAGAGGGGAAAAAAAACAACAAACAUGGUUGGUUCUUGUCUAACCAUGUUCUUUAUGUACCUUUUACACAGAGUAUGGCUAGGCAGAAUUAACUGGAAACUGUUCAGAUCAGUGUGAUCUAGUGUUUGGAAUUCCAGAGAUAAACCAGAGAUGCACAAUUGCAGGUCUAAUAAGUGAAAGAGGCUUUAAUUUAAUGAACCGCUAUUGUAUUCCCCUCUACUACUUCAUAGCAGCCCUUGACAUAGGUUAGCACUCUUAUGUAGGUAGAGCAAGGUAUAUGAAAAGCCAGUGCACCUGGGCUUAUACUCCUCGCAUGACCUCUGUUGUUCGUUCUGGACUAUAUAGUUUCUGAUUUGUACCUCUUAAGUCCAGGCUAACAGCUUUCUCCCCAGUUUCUAUAUGAAUAUUACAUGUAUUUGUUUUUUUUUUUAUGGGUUUAAUAAUGUUUUAGUUAAGAUCCUAUUUUCUAUUAACUGGAAAUGUAAAGGAAAGUAACACAACUCAUAGCAUACUUGCAUGGGGUGAUAAGUGUUUCAGCAAUAGGAGUUAGAAUACAGGGCCAGGAUGGAGCAAUUAUGGUUUGGAGAAAUUCUGUGUUCUAUGUCAUACAUGGGUAAACAAUCUGUGUUUAAUUCAUUGGAUAACUGGUUGCUUAUAAUUUAAACAGUUUACAAAACACUGAUCCUUUUUUUUUUUUUUUUUUCUAACUGAAUAAAAGAAGGCCUUAAUUACAUCAAGCGGGGUGGUCUGAGCUACGCUGCAGGAUUGUAGAUGCGGAAUAAUGUUCAGUGAGUGCAGUGUCAUUUAUUAUGUGCAGUCCCAGAGUUCUAAUAUAAAGUUAGUUUGUUUUAGGUUAAAUAAGAGAUGGAAAAUCGCAGUUCAGUGGCUGCAGGAAGCGUGAAGUGUUUUCUUAUUGUGAAUAUAUAGCUACAACAGGAUUGUUCAUUUUAUUAUCUGUUAUUGCUGCUUUCAUCACAGGGCCAUAAUUGUUCUCAUUUAGGCCAUGUUGUCAAAAUACAUACAUUGUACUAGUAUUUUAACCCAUGUAAAUGGGGGUUACCUCGGACCCCAUUGUAUCCCAUGUCACUAUUCCCACUGGCAUUUGUACCUGCAUUUAAGAGUGUUGUCGUGCAGUUGCUUGCUCCACUUAUUUUAUUUCUUUUUUGUAUUGUAAGCAUGAAAGUCAGUGGAAUGUUCUUCAUUGACCAUCAAGUAUAAUCGCUAUUAGCCACCGCAUGUCGCACUUUCAGGUAUCUCUUCUGUUGUUUAGAUGCCAGCUGGGUACUUGACCUUAACAAGGCUAAUAGCCUUCUCACCAUUUUGAAUUUGGAAAAUAAAUUAAUCUGCCCUGCCUUUGUAUAAUUAGUACAAUUAUCCGUCAUUUUAAAUGACCAUAUAUAUAUAUAUAUAUUAUUUUUUUUUAUUUUUUUUUAAUUGGUGGAAUAAAUUUCAUGUGCAAAGCAGUUUUCCAUUUGAAUGUUAUGCAUAUAUGUUUUUUGAUGGGUUCAGCAAAAUUAGGAUUAAUAUGUUUUGUUUUGAGAGAAAUGGAAAUGUAAACAAGAGUAACCUAAUUCAUAGCAUACUUGCAUGGAAUGCUAAGGUGUUUCAGCCAUAGCCAUUGGCCUUUGAAAGCUAGGGUGGAACAAAUAUGGUUUAGAUGUUCUUUGUCAUGGUUAAGCAAUGUGUAAACAGAAUCUUUGUUUAAAUAAACCCUUGUUUAACUGGUUA